GUGAAUGUUGAUCACUCGUUCUCUUCCACAGUUUUGUUUGUUUCACAUUUGAGCUUUUUCUGUGUUUCUGAGCCCAAGUAUUCAACCCACGAUGAAAUUCGAUACUCCAGAAAUCGCCUGGCAUGGAAAAGAACCAAUUCUGAGUGUUGAUUUUAGCAAAGUGGGAUCAAAAUGGCGACUUGCAUCCGCGGGCGCAGAUAACGAUGUAAAGAUCUGGUCUAUCGUUUGCAGUGAUAGUCAAAAGACAGCUAUCGACUUUUUAGCAAAUUUGAGUCGCCACACAAAAGCUGUAAACGUGGUGAAGUUUUCUCCCAAAGAUGAGAUUCUUGCAUCAGGAGGAGAUGGUAAGUUUGAAAAGAAGAAAACUGUUAAAAAACAAAAAAACAAGGGUUCUUUUGCCAAUAAAUACUGUUGCAGGCUUUACAAUCCCAACUCUCACCGCUGUUGUUAUAACAUAACAAAACUGUUGGUAAAUGGAUCUCUAAAGCCAACAGAAAAUGGAGAGGCAUUUAAACAUGGGAAAAUGUUUCACGAUGAAACCAUGCCCUCUUUCUUUCGCCGGCCAAGUUUUUCACCAGAGGGAUCAUUGCUUCUAGUCCCUGCUGGCCGGCUUGAAGUUGGUGAUCAGAUUGUCAACACAACAUAUGUUUUUACCAGAGGAUCUCCAAACAAACCAGUACUUUAUCUUCCAAGUCCUCAAAAGGCCACAGUGGCAGUGCGAUGUUGCCCCAUCCUGUUUGAGUUAAGACAAGUGAAAGGUGAUGGCAAAUCUGCAAAGAGUAUCUUCAAGUUGCCUUACCGGAUGGUCUUCUCUGUAGCAACAAUUGACUCUAUUCUGUUGUAUGACACUCAACAAGCGGUACCUUUUGGUUACAUAAGCAAUAUUCAUUAUGCUGCUCUCACUGAUCUUACUUGGUCCAGUGAUGGAAGUAUGCUUGUGGCUUCCUCUUCUGAUGGCUACUGUACCAUUGUCCACUUUAAAGAAGGAGAGCUUGGUGUGCCUUACUCUCUGUCAGUCAAACAAGCCUUAGAGAGAAGCAACUCCCCAUUACUGCAAACUUCUGAUACUUCAGGUAAAGUGAGCAAGAACAUGCGAGCAUCCUCACCCUCAGAGAAGGAUAAGAAUGAGGAAAAGUGUGACAAAACACCCUUGUCUACCAAGAAGGAGCAAUUAGGCAAGAUAAAAAAGUUUACAAUACCUAUGAAAAUUACACCAACCAAACCUGCCAGAAAGGUGGAUCCAAAGAGAAUCACUCUGUCACCAGCCCCUUCAAAGCCAGGGGCUGCAAAUCAAGUUUCUGAAGAGUUGAGUUCAGCAGCGUCCACCAGUGUGGUUCAAUUUUCCCCACCUGCUACAAACACUGCAGGACUUCAGCAGUCUUCUGCUGGUCCCAAAAGGGUGACAUUGAUGCUUGCAAAAGGGCAAUUAAAUGGAAAUAAUUCAGGUGGUCAGAUGACACCAAGGCGUGUUGCACUAUUGCCAGCAGCAAGUAACCAACCCAACAAGAGCUCUGCUGAGAUCAAACAAACAACUCAGGUAAUACCGAGACGUGUUGCUCUGACACCUAUGGAAAGUACAUCCAAGCCUGAAGACAUAAAAGUGACAGAAACAAAGGAAGCAAAGCAAGUUCCAGAACGAGUACCAAAAUGCAGUACACUGGGGUCCAGCUCUGCCAAGGGGAACAUGCCCCCAGGUGAUGUUAGAACCAGGGAAACCAGUCUAGCACAGUCAUCCUCUCCAUCUCAAACUACAUCUGCACUUAGAAGAGUACCCCUUGUGACGUUGGCAACUGAUCUUGAGAAAGCCUGCACAAAGGGAUCAUCACAAGCAUCCCAACUACCUGGAACAUCUUCUACAUCAGACCGUAAAACUGUGGUUAAUGAAAAUGUCACAAACAAAUCUACAGAGCCCACUUUGAAACAGUCAGUGCUAGCAAGAGGUGAAAAAACUAGUAAAACUGACAACUCUGCACUUAGGAGAAUAACACUGACACCUGUUCCAAUCACAACCCAGACACCAUCCAUAACUUCUCUUACAGAUAAGGAAAACAGCACAAUCAACCAACCUCCACAACCUAGAAGGGUAAUGCUUACUACUCUUACACCUCAUGGAGGUGGGAACACUCAAGUUGAACAGCCACAGGGCAGUGUUACUAAAUGCCAGACCACAAGAAAACCUAUUCCCUUAGAGCCAAGAAUCAUUAUACUGGAUGACUAACAUGUAGCUAAAAAUAAGUUAACCCUUGAUGCACUGAUCAAUUGGAAGCUUUAACAUCCCUUCACUUCCUUGGGCAUUUGAACUUUUGAGGAUUGGUUUGUUCAAAUUCUCACUCUACAGGGCCAAAAUUAUGUCCAAAUGCCCUGCUCAAUGAUAUUGUGAAUUUGGAAAAAUCAGCAACCAUGACUUUCUGUUCAUUCAUCAAGCUUUAAAAACUAGACCUUGUAGAUCUUUCUUCCUGAGCC